CGCCUGGACAGUAAACAAAUUUUUUGAACGACGAUUUUCUGGGCUGUUUUCUUGGAGUUUCCCGGUGAAAAUGAGUGAUAACGAGUACGAGAAGUUUGAGAUCACCGACUAUGACUUGAACAAUGAGUUCAAUCCAAACAGAAGGCGGAGGUUGACAAAGAACCAGCAGAUUUAUGGCAUGUGGGCUGAUGAUAGUGACAAUGAGGGAGCUGAGGAUUUUUCGCGGAAGGGCAGAGCCAAGGAUUACUCUGCCCCAGUCAACUUUGUCGCCGGCGGCGUUCAACAGUCUGGCAAGAAGGAGAAGAAGGAGGCAAAGUCUGAGGAAGAGGACGAUGAAGAUGAUGCCAGACCUAGUUUUUCCUCCCGAAAGUACGAUGGCACAUCAAGCGAGUCGGACGGUGAGGCGCCUUCCAUCCAGGCCACUGCAGGCUUCCGACGCACUGGGCAGAGCCAACUUUCCGGGAGUGUUGGAAAGUGGGAGCAGCACACGAAAGGCAUCGGCGCCAAGCUGCUGCUGCAGAUGGGCUACCAGCCGGGGAAGGGCUUGGGCAAGAGCCUCCAGGGCAUCUCAACUCCCGUACAGGCGCACGUGCGCAAGGGCAGAGGCGCGAUUGGCGCUUACGGACCGGAAAAGGCUGCCACACUGGCCGACCAGAAGCCAGUGAAGAAAAUCGACGAGGAUGAGAAAGAGGAGCGCGAUUUUAAGGAGAAGCUAAGCCAGUGGCGCCGCGACGAGACGGCGAAGACGACGAAGCUGAAGUAUGUGUACAAGAGCGCUCAGGAUGUGAUUGAGAAGGGCAAAAAGGGGCCCUUUAUCGACAGAUUGUCCAGUAAGUUGGGCAAUGUCACGGUCAUCGACAUGACUGGUCCGGAGAAGAGAGUCCUCAGUGGAUAUCACGCCCUGGCGCAGACUAAGGCAGCCGACGAGACACUGUACGAUCCGAAGUCGACGAAGAAAACAGAGAACUUCACUCUACCCGAACUCAUGCACAAUCUCAGCCUGAUUGUGGAUCUCUGCGAACAGGACAUCAUCCGGAUUGACAAGAGCCAGCGUGCGGCCAACGAGAGGGAGAAGACGCUGCAGCACGACCAGGAGAACAUGCGCAAGAUUGUCGAUCUGGAGGAGAAUCACAUCGACACGCUGGCGAGAGUCGUGGAUCUCGUGGAGAGACUCGUCGAUCCGGACGAGGAGUUGAGCCUGAAUGAGGCUGAGCGCUGUUUCCUCACCCUGCAAAUGGACUUUCCCGGCGAGUAUCGUGAGUUUGGGCUGUGUGACUUGGCGUCCGGCGUCAUAGCGCCACUCGUAGCGAAUCACCUGAAAGCCUGGAAGCCUUUGGAGGAGCCCACGCGACACACAGAUCUCAUCAAGCGGUGGAAGGGCAUUCUAGAGGUGCACUCGAGUGAAACGCGGAACGUGUUCAAUCCCUACUCGGCGUUGGUGUGGUCAGGAGUGGUUCCUUCCAUCCGCCAAGCGGCUGGUCAGUGGGAUCCAAGACUCCAUCAGCCGAUGGUCGCUCUGCUGGACGCGUGGGCGCCGCUCUUCCCUUCCUGGGUCCUGGACAGCGUCCUCGAGCAGAUUGUGAUGCCUCGUCUGCAGUCUGGUGUCGAAGCCUGGGAUCCGCUGACGGACACUCUGCCCAUCCACGCCUGGAUUCAUCCCUGGACAGGUCUCUUGGGCGCCAAAAUGGAGGAGUCUGUCUACGCGACAAUCAGAGAGAAACUCGCCAGCGCUCUGAUUUCCUGGACGCCACAUGAUCGAUCGGCGCGAGCGAUGCUGCUGCCAUGGAAAGGCGUCUUCCCGGAUGGCGACAUGCAAGCUUUUCUGCUGAAGAGCAUCCUGCCGAAGCUGCAAACGGUGCUGGCGGACUACAUAGUGAAUCCUCUGCAACAAGAUUUGGAACCCUGGAAUCAGGUGUGGGAGUGGCACGAGCUGCUGAGUGCUGUGGCGAUGGCGCAGCUGCUGGACAAAUACUUCUUCCCCAAGUGGAUGCAGACGCUCGUGAUCUGGCUGAAUCAGUCGCCGAAUCUGGACCAAGUGACGCGCUGGUACAGCGGCUGGAAGAACAUGCUGUCGGACAGUGUGCUGCAGCAGACGGUGAUCAAGGAGCACUUCCGACGCGCGCUGGAGAUUAUGCACCGCGCCACGGCCACGCCAAUCCCCAUGAUGGGCAUCGAAACGGCCAUGCCGACGAUAGAUCUUUUGGGGCCGCCCGUCGUGCCGCCGUCGCUGCUUGAUUUGCAGCUGCAGCCGCCGGUGGCGAUGGAGUUCAAGGAGCUGGUGCUGCAGAAGUGCUCGGAGCGCGGCAUCAUCUUCGCGCCGAUGCCGGGCAGGCGCGAGAUGGGCAAGCAGGUGUACAGGAUCGGCAAGAUGUUCUGCUACAUCGACAGAUCUGUGAUUAUGAUGAGCGACGGCAACCUGAACAAUUGGACGCCCUUGUCACUGAAUGCGAUUCUGGAGAAGGCAGUUCUCGGGUAAAUCGUCAACUUCCACUCGCACUUCGUCGCAUACGAGCAAUUAAAGCGGCGUCAGAAGUGAUCAGCGUCAAGAGAGAUCCACGAGGUCGAGAGCUAUGAUGGACAAGAGUAGUGUUUCACUGAUUGGAUUCUACUUUGUAAAUAAUUAGCUGUUUAAUGAGCAGUAAUGAUGUGUUUUGUAUGAAUAUUAAAAUACAGUUUAAGGAUUAUAUUCUGACUUGUCUCUUUCCCU